CCGGAACUCUUGUGAAUAGAGCUCGUACGACGAAGGGGGAUGGAUGCAAGCUGAGGACAAGAAGACCCUCUCUCAAACUCUCUAGACACGGGACAAUCUGGAAGCAUUGUAGUCCUGUUUCGAUGCGUUCACAGUCGGAGACAGGAUGCACAUCAUUAUUUGAUGGGACUAUAGGAGAUAUUUACCUUCACCGCAUCACUCUUUACUUUGUAGUCUUCCCUCUGUGAAUGAAUAAUGUUCUUGAACGUUUUAAUGUGGUGUAUGAUAGCACUGGACACCGCGCGCAUCGCAUCAUCUCUGGAGUUACAACCUGACAUGCCUAAUGUGUGUGCGGAGCAGGAGUUGUCCAUGCUGGGUGCACGCCAGCCUUGUGUCCAGGCCUUCACUCGGAUGGUGAAGGUCUGGAAGCAAGGCUGCACUGGCCACCGCUGGUGUGUUGGCUACGAAAGGAGAACAGGCUACUAUACAGCCUACAGGCAGGUGUACAGUAUGGAUGUGCACAGGGUGUACAGGUGCUGCCCUGGGUGGACACAGAGGGGCAAGGAGAGGGGCUGUUUGCACCGGGUGUGUGCUGCUACUACCUGCUUCAAUGGGGGCAGGUGUGCUGAGAGAGGUGACCAGAUCUGUCAGUGUCCUGUAGGCUUCCAAGGAACACGCUGCCAGUAUGCCGAGCUGUGA